AGCGAUGGUAUGGUAACUUAUAAUUGUCAAUACAUCGUUCUAAAUAUAGAAACGAUUGAUGGCAAUCCAGUUGACGGCGACAUUUAGGACGAAUGGAGAAGGAAACGUGUUUAUAUUUGGCGAUUUGAAUCAGCUAAGGCAGUCAACUAAGAAUCCAUUGCAUGAAUGUCUCCUCCAGCUGAUUUUCGUCGGACUUGCUAGUCAUGUUAUAAUGAAUGGACAGGCUAUUUUGGUGUCUCAAGCCUAUCCACCUAGGCCGGUGAAGUAGAUUCGUCGCAAUGAGCUGUUGCCCUUUUUUAGGAGAGGACAAAGCCCAGAGGCAUAGCAAAGAAAUCGAUAACUACCUGGAAAAUGAAAGUGCAAAGUAUAAGGCCGUACACCGUUUGUUGUUGCUUGGAGCGGGUGAAAGUGGAAAAAGUACCUUGGUUAAACAGAUGAAGAUAUUGCACCAAAAUGGCUUCAGUGAUGACGAACGUUUGACGAUUGUGCAUGAGAUUAAACGAAAUGUCCGCGAAGCUGUCAUUACAGUUUUAAAGGCAAUGGAUGAUAUCGAGCCGCCUGUAGAACUUGCUUGCAAGGAAAACUAUUUACAUGCAGAAUGGGUGCUGCACUUUGCUUCUUCAAACGACUUUACAUACCCAAGCGAAUUUUAUGAUCAUGUCAAGGUCCUUUGGUCAGACAAAGGCUUCCGAGAGUGUUUUCACAGGUCGAAUGAAUAUCAACUUAUAGACAGUGCACAGUAUUUUUUUGAAAGAGUCGAUGACAUUAGAAGGGCAGAGUAUUUACCAACCGAUCAAGAUAUACUACGUUGUCGCGUGUUGACUACAGAAAUAACGGAAACCCAGUUUACUAUCGGUAAGCCAGGAAAAAUGGUGACCUUCCACAUGUUUGAUGUUGGUGGGCAAAGAGACCAGCGAAGGAAGUGGAUACAGUGUUUUAAUGAUGUCACUGCAAUCAUUUUUGUCGUUUCAUGCAGCAGCUAUGAUAUUGCCCUGAGAGAAGAUCUCACCCAAAACAGAUUGCAGGAAAGCAUUGAGCUUUUUAAUAAAAUAUGGAACAAUAGGUUUCUUAAAUAUGUCGCAAUAAUACUAUUUCUAAACAAACAGGAUUUACUGAGUGACAAAAUAAUGGCUGGAAAAUCGAAGCUAGAAGAUUACUACCCUGAGUAUGCUCGUUAUGCAACACCUGAAAAGGCUGUAAGAGACAGCCCAGAAGAAGUAUUGCGUGCAAAAUAUUUCAUAAGAGACAUAUUUCUCAGUAUUGCCAGUGAGAACAAAAAUACUGUGCAUAAAGACCAUGACUGUUAUCCUCAUUUCACAUGUGCAGUGGAUACCAAAAAUAUCGAACGUAUCUUUGAUAGCUGUAGGUUUAUUAUUCAACGGGAACAUCUUCGUAAAAUUGGGGUGCUACCUUCUUUCUAAUGCAAAAGAAGAAAGAUGAAAGGAUAGUUUUAUUUUUGUGAAAUAAUUAGAAGGGUUGGAGGUAGUAUACUUAUUUGUAAUUGUCUUAUAAAGGGAAAUUUUAGUAGGUGUUGAAAACAAAACUACCUUGUUAAUGACUUCUGUUUUGUAUAUCAAUUAGGGAGUGCUCGUUCUUUGGGUCAAUUGUUUGUACCAGCAUGAUUUGUGAAACCAUGGUUGGCACAAUAUGUUGAUCACCCAUAAGCGGGAAAAAUUGGCUGGCUAGCAACUGAAUGCCAGAAAUACUUACAUUACAGUGUUUACUAGAUGUCUAGAAAUUGAAAAGGUUCAUUGAAAAGAAUCAAUGAGAACAAAAUUUUAUAUUAAAGAUAAAUAAUUGUUUUGGAACAUAAAGUUUCAUGAAACAUAUUUGCUUUCUGCAGAAUAUAUACUGCUUUACUUGAUGCUAGAUCACAAGAAGCCAAAGCCAGAAAAAUUGAUGCCAAUAUUUAAUAUUUUUGUUACUUAAGUGUAGAAUUUGAAAACAGAAUGUUAUAUAUGAUGAAUAAAGACAUUUUCAUUGACUGGCUUAAAUCAAAACAAAGUUUCACAGGUUAUAAAUAGCAUUACCCAAUUAUGUGAAAUUCUAACUUAUUUUUCUGUUAGAAACCUGAAAUUAAAUAAUUAGCAUCAUAUAGAUUAGUUAUUUGGGAACAACACCAUUGAAAAGCUAAGGCAAAGUGUGGCUUAGACGAUGGUUUGUUUUCUUGAUUUGUGAAUCUGACUUGUAAUGAGCGCUUUAUGCAUUAAAGUCAGUGAAUUUGUGAAGUUUGAUCAAAUAUUGUGCGAAACUACUCUUGACUCUUAGAUGAUAUAAGUUCAAAUUGAGGUUUAUUGGAGUAAAAAUGUUAUCAUAUUUUCUAAAACCUUGUGAAGGAGUUAGUCACUUUAAGAUAGUAAAGUCUCUUAAGAAGGGAACACAACACCUUUUCAGUUUGUCUUUUUGCUGCAGUUGAUUGUUUACCAGUAUACCAAGAAGCUAAUUUGACAAAAGCAUUUUUAAAAAAGGGCAUCUUGUAAAAUCAAUUUUAGUAAUACGUUCAGAUAGGUGGUAUGUACUUGAGUUUUUACCAGACAAAUUUAUGAUGAUCAAGACCUGAUCUUGGCUUCCUUCCAUUAAGUAAGGAUGGUUUUUCGUUUAAAAAUCAAUGUUAUGAUUACCAAAAUUAUUUAUGAAGUUAGAAUUUUUAGCAUUUGAAGUUGCGAAAAGUACCUAUUGAUUUAGAAAAGAUAAUGUUGUAUGUUACAAUUGAUUAUGUUUAGUUGAUACAUCGACAUCUAUUUUUGUCUCAGA